AGGAAGGACGAUGGGCUACUCUUUAUCUAGUGCUGCUUCUACGAGGACAUAAGCUGUAUUACAUGCAUGCAUACAGUUAGUCGAACAACUUCGAUUGAAAAUAUUAAGAUAAAAAUAUACUAUCGUAUAGGCAAUACUCUUCAGCAUAACAGUGGACGUCAAAAAGUCAACUUUCUUCCACGUUUCUUCAACAAUCCGCACGCCUUUUUGGAUCGCUUUGGAGCAGCGAGCAGUGAUGCCGCCGAGUCCUGUAACCUCAACUCCAUUUUCGGUAAAGGACAUCCUCAAACUGGAACAGCAACAUACUCUUAACCCAAAUGGAUUCAUGGGUGCAGAGCAGGACACUGUACCGCUGCAGUCGCUUCAGCUUCAGUGUAUGCAGAGCACAUUAAGCCGGAGCCUAGAUCUCCUCUACAGUCCAGAGAAACACAACGCGAUUUCUGGGGAACAGGUGAAACGUGCCUUGAAUUCAGAUGACUUUGAUAUCGUCAGAGGUUCAUGUGGCUCUCCAACGGAGGAGGAGAUGGAUCCAAGCGAAGACACAAGCAUGUGUCUGUUUGUCGACUCUAGUAGUAAAAACGAUACACCCAGGGAGAAACCAAAGCAGAGGCUGCGCAGGAAACCCAGAGUUCUCUUCUCUCAAACGCAAGUGUUUGAGCUGGAAAGACGCUUCAAGCAGCAGAGAUACCUGUCAGCGCCCGAGCGAGACCACCUGGCUCAUGUCCUGAAGCUCACUUCCACACAGGUGAAAAUAUGGUUCCAGAACAGGAGGUACAAAUGUAAGAGACAGCGACAGGAUAAAACUCUAGAGCUGGCCGGCCCACGGAGGGUGGCAGUGCCCGUGCUGGUGCGAGAUGGCAAACCCUGUCAUGCAGCGCCGUACAAUGUCACUGUAGGAUCCUACUAUUACAACAGUUAUGGAAAUAACCCAUACCACUGUAACUUCACUUCUGUACCCUCGUUUGUCAAUACAAGCCAAAUACCCAACCACUUUGUGGAUAUGAAUUUGACGACAGGAACUGUUGAUGGGAUCAGAGCUUGGUGAGAGCUUUUGAACGAAGACUAUUUAAUGACACUGCUGAAAAUGCGUUGAAAAAAAAAAAAACAGUCAUUCAGCUUAUAAAAUGUUGACUGAUUUUAUAUAUAUGUGUGUGUUUUUAUAUCCGUGCGUUUAACACCAAAUAAAGAAUAUUUAACAGAAGCUCGAUGAACUUUUUUCUGUGCUUGUAUGAAGAGCCAUUUUGAGAUUUUACAUUGCUCUAAUGCAAAAUAUUGUAUGCCUAUAUCGUGAGUUAUGUGUUGAGUUGAUUGCUGUCUGUCUCUCUCAGACAAGUGGAGCGAUAUAUCACAUUAAAGGAAAAAAAUGUGUCUGUGAGUUAGAAUGUGACAAAGAUUGUUUUUAUUUAAACUAAUACCCUUAAAAUGAAAUGUAUAAUGCACUUCAUCAUUGUGUUGUAACAAUAUAUUUGUUAGUAUCCAAUUAACCCGUCACAAUUUCCUUAAUUUCUAUUCGACUUUCUUCAUCAGCAGGUAAAUUCAGCGUGAUCGGAUAAAGUGGAGUGAACACUAUACAUUUGGCACGGAUUUGAUUUUACUUCCAACUUUAUGGCAGCAGUUAAACUUGGGUUUUCAGGUUGAAGUGGGUUGAUUUUUUUGUUCUUCCGGAAAAGACACGCAGAUUUCU